AUCUGAUUCAAAAACGUGGAGAAGAAUGUCAGUCAAAUUUUGACUGGUUUUGACGGUGCAUAUCCUUGUAAUUCCGAGAAAUUUGUAACAAAUAAAUACUUACCGUUUAAAUGUCUAAUACCAAUGCAAUGGAAAAUGAAAAUGAUCCAGUUGUUAAAGAGAUUCCAGUGUUCCUUUCAAAAACGCUUGCAGAUAAGCUUUUCAUCUUGCAAUAUCCAGUCCGGCCUGUUAAAGAAGGUUAUGAUGAUGCAACCUUCCUAAAAACUUCGAUAAAACCAGAGAAUCAGGAAGUCCUCAUAGAAGUAGCAAUAGAUUCUCAUAGUGUUCAUUAUGAUGAAAGUAAAGGAGAACAAAUUGCACUCAAUGCAGAUGGAGAUUCAAAAACUGAUCAAGAUGAUGACGACAGAGCAUUUGAGAGUAAUCGUAUGGAUAAGACAGUGUUACAAUCAUCUCGAGCUCUUCCAAACUGUUCCAAUUAUGCUGUUGGUGUUUUUCAAGAUAGAGAACUACAUUUAACACCUUUAAGAGGGAUCAUCCAAAUGCGUCCACAGUUCAAUUAUCUCGAUAAAAGCGACAAACGUUGUAGAGAAGAUGGUAAAAAUCCAGGAGAAGAUUACGAGGAUGAAGAAGAAGGACCAAAACAAGUCAGUGUCACGUUUGCUAGACAGAAGCCGGAAUUUAUGAAAAAGAUGCAAGAGCAAUCUUUUCAACAUCAUGCUCAGAAAAGUUUGGAAGAGAGAUGGAUUCAUACAAACUAUGUACAAGCAAAUAGUACUCAAGCAGAGCUUACGCGUUUGGAAAUGUUUUGUUCUACUACCGACGAAACUGUAAAUACGUUGAAUUUAUCGUCACAGCAAUAUUUAGAUUUACUAGCACCGCGAAUGAAAGAAGAUCAAUUGAAAUCAGCCGUGUCUAAUAGUACAACAUCCCUUAAUUAUAUUAGGACUUUACCUCUCCUUGAUCAAAUUAAAAUACUUAUGAAAGAUGCUAAAGUUAUAUCCUUUCUACAGUUACGUUCCAUAUUAUCCGCGGAUCAGGAAACAAUAGCCAUUCUAAAAUAUUUACAGCAAGUAGCAGUGUUAGUACAAGGAAAUUGGGUUGUAAGCAGCGAACUCGUAUAUCCAAAGGAUAGUAUUUCGGCGCAUAAUGGUAUUCCUGCAGAAUUUAUGUGCAAGGCUAGGGAUUACAUCUUAUUAUCUUUCACUGAGCACGAAUAUCUAGACAGGAAGACAAUUUCAUCGGUUGUAAAAUUACCCGCAGAUGAAAUUAAAGAAAUAUUUACGAACUUGGCGAUACGCAAACCUAGAAAGGGGUGGCGCUUAAUAAUUCCACCUACUACAGAAUUUAUCGAAAGGUAUCCCGAGAUAACGCAAAGACAAGAAAUGUUUUGGGAAGCGAAACGGAAAUUCCUUCGCGAAGCUAUGGAAGUUCAAAAUCAGAUUCCACAGCGCCAGAGGCGGAAGUCGAGUAGAGAGUCUAUCGGAUCGGAAAACGAGGAAAAAAACAUGGGCCGCGGUAGAAAAACUCUAAGAGAUUCAUCGAUAUCCGAUAACGAUAGCGCGACGGAACCAGUAAAACAUAAAAAAACCAUUAGAUCUCGCAAAGUGUCCGAAACCACGUGACCUAAGUUGACGCACGAUUAAAAUGUAUAAUAUUGGUACAUAUUGUUAAUGAAAUUGAAAUUGCAAAGUCAUCGCACGUCUAGAUCAUAUUAUUACGAUGUGUCUGCUUCUAGUCUCAAAUGGGGCGUUGAGAAAACGACAAUAUAGGUUACGAACAUUGUCCGUUCAAACGGACAACUUUAACACUUUGUUACUCUAAGUAUUUAUAACAAAAUCCGAGAUGCUGUGUUUGCUUUUUAUAACGUCGUCCAUGGUGAAAUACGAUUAAUAUAGAAAUGAUUUCAACGAUGUUAACUAUUACAACAUGUACAAAAGGAUAACAAGCUUGUCGUCGAAGUAUGUACUAUAACGAAAUUGUAAAAAGCAUUCAUUUAUUGUUUUCAGUAGUUACUUUCUACACAUCGUGGAUCGAUGAUGAAUUGAAAGGCAUGGACUGAGAAAUGACUGAUGUUUUUUAUUUUAAUAAAAAUAUUUGUAUGAUAAAUAGAUGAAUGAUGUGAAAUCGUGAUAAAGUUUAGAUAAAAAUAUAUGUAUACACUGUCGCAACAGAUGAAUCAUAUGCUGUAUUUAUUAUUACGAUAUUCAAAAUGUACAUAUUUAUAAUAUCAAA